GGCUGGCAGUUGGACCAACGGACAGACGCCAUGAGGGCUCUGCUGCUCCUAGGGUCCCUGCUGGUGAGCCUGGAGCCGGCACUUUCGGCUCCACCUUGGAAAGCCCCCAGUGUACAUGAGCACGUAGCGGAUGAACACACAGUGGUUCUCACUGUCACUGGGGAGCCCUGCCACUUCCCUUUCCAGUACAACCGGCAGCUGUACCACAAAUGCGCCCACAGAGGCUGGCCUGGCUCCCGGCCCUGGUGUGCUACUACCCCCAACUUCGAGCAGGAUCAGCGAUGGGCAUACUGCUUGGAGCCCAAGAAAGUGCAAGACCACUGCAGCAAACACAACCCCUGCCAGCACGGAGGGACCUGUGUGAACAUGCCAAGAGGCCCACACUGCAUCUGUCCAGAACACUUCACGGGGCAGCACUGCCAGAGAGAGAAGUGCUUUGAGCCUCAGCUUCUCCAGUUCUUCCAUGAGAAUGAAACAUGGUAUAGUCUUGAGCCCGCGGGUAUGACCAAGUGCCAGUGCCAGGGUCCCCGAGCACACUGCAAGCCGCUGGCCAGCCAGGUCUGCCGCACCAACCCAUGCCUCAACGGGGGCCGCUGCCUAGAGUCGGAGGGCCACCGUCUGUGUAGUUGCCCGGAGGGGUACGCAGGACGAAACUGCGACGUGGACACUGUGGCGAGCUGCUACGACGGCCGCGGGCUCAGCUAUCGAGGCAAAGCAGAGAUCACGCUCUCUGGCGCUCGGUGUCAGCCUUGGGCCUCGGAGGCCACCUAUCGGAACCUGACUGCAGAGCAAGCACUAAACUGGGGCCUGGGCGACCAUGCCUUCUGCCGGAAUCCGGACAAUGAUACCCGCCCGUGGUGUUUCGUAUGGAGGAGCGACCGGCUGAGCUGGGAAUACUGCCGCCUGGCACAGUGCCAAGCCCUAGCCCGGGCACCUCCCCGGACACCACUUGUGCACCAGGACCUCCCCUUGCCCCCUCUCAGAGAGAACGACUAUCUAGGCCUUGCCUUCGAUGACAGCCCUGACAUCUCCAGAAUCUUGAGCGAGGGGCCGGCGCAGCGGAUUCCCUUGCCCGGAACAAGCCCGGCAGGCUGUGGUCAGCGGCUCCGGAAACGGCUGUCCUCGUUGAGCCGCGUCUUCGGGGGACUGGUGGCGCUGCCUGGAGCUCACCCCUAUAUCGCCGCGCUAUACUGGGGCCAUAAUUUCUGCGCUGGCAGCCUUAUUGCCUCCUGCUGGGUGCUAACCGCGGCUCACUGCCUGCAGAACCGGCCGGCGCCGGAGGAGCUGACGGUGGUGCUGGGCCAGGACCGCUUUAACCAGAGCUGUGCGCAGUGCCAGACGCUGGCGGUGCGCGCCUAUCGCCUGCACGAGGCCUUCUCGACCAUCACCUACCAGCACGACCUGGCGCUGCUGCACCUGCAGGAAAGCGCGGAUGGCAGCUGCGCGCGCCCGUCGCCUUCGGUUCAGCCCUUGUGCCUGCCGAGCAGUGCCGCUUACUCCGCCGAACACGAGGCCGCGCUCUGCGAGGUCGCCGGCUGGGGGCACCAGUUCGAGGGGGCGGAGGAAUAUUCUAGCUUCCUGCAAGAGGCGCAGGUACCGCUCAUCCCUCAGGAGCACUGCUCCGCCCCCGAUGUGCACGGUACCGCCUUCACCUCCGGCAUGCUCUGCGCGGGCUUCCUGGAGGGCGGCACCGACGCGUGCCAGGGUGACUCCGGGGGCCCGCUGGUGUGUGAGGAUGAGUCCGUAGAGCGUAAGCUCGUCCUGCGAGGCAUCAUCAGCUGGGGCUCGGGUUGUGGCGACCGCAACAAGCCAGGUGUAUACACCGAUGUGACCUACUACCUGACCUGGAUCCAGGAGCACACUGCUUCCUGACCUCCCAGGAAUUGGUCUUACCCUCCUGCGCGAUUCUGGAUGGGAGAAUGGCUGGGGCACGAUCCUGGACGGCAAGGAUUGUGUUCCAGUUCCGCCAGCCCAGUGCCAGGCAUGGCGAGGGCACUCAAUAAAGUGCUUUUGGAAAUGCU